AUGGUCGAACGCAACACAGACGAAGUAGGGAAACUUGAUCCGAAAAUAAUUCCUUUGGACGCCGAUGACAUCGCGCUCCUGAAAACAUAUGGGCUUGGUCCUUAUUCGAGUUCCAUCAAAACGCUCGAAACAGAUCUUCGCAACAUCAGUAACAGAGUGAACGAACUGUGUGGGAUCAAGGAGUCAGAUACCGGGCUUGCACAGCCGAGCCAGUGGGAUCUGACCCAAGAUAAACAGGUCAUGCAAGAGGAGCAACCCUUACAGGUUGCCAGAUGCACAAAGAUAAUAAAUCCCAACACCGACGACGCUCAGUAUAUCAUCAACGUCAAGCAGAUCGCCAAGUUUGUCGUCGGGCUUGGUCAGCACGUCGCGCCCACUGAUAUCGAAGAGGGGAUGCGGGUUGGUGUUGACCGUACUAAAUAUUUUAUUCACAUCCCACUUCCUCCCAAGAUCGAUCCAUCCGUCACCAUGAUGACGGUCGAAGAGAAACCAGAUGUUACUUACAACGAUGUGGGUGGAAGCAAAGAUCAAGUCGAGAAGCUUCGUGAAGUUGUGGAGCUACCCCUCCUUCACCCUGAGAAAUUUGUGCAGCUCGGAAUCGAUCCACCAAAAGGUGUUUUAUGUUAUGGACCUCCUGGAACAGGGAAGACUUUGCUUGCGCGGGCCGUUGCGAACAGGACCGACGCAUGCUUCAUUCGGGUAAUCGGUUCGGAACUCGUUCAAAAGUAUGUCGGGGAAGGAGCGCGCCUCGUUCGUGAAUUAUUUCAGAUGGCGCGAAGUAAGAAAGCCUGCCUUAUUUUUUUUGAUGAGGUUGAUGCAAUUGGCGGUGCUCGCUUCGACGACGGGCAAGGUGGUGACAACGAAGUUCAACGAACGAUGCUUGAGAUCGUCAACCAGCUGGAUGGCUUCGAUGCCCGAGGUAACAUAAAGGUGUUGAUGGCGACUAACCGACCUGACACUCUAGACCCAGCAUUACUCCGCCCCGGUCGCUUAGACCGCAAGGUUGAGUUUGGUCUUCCUGACUUGGAAUCACGAACCCAGAUUUUUCGCAUCCACACCAGAUCUAUGGCAGUUGAGCGGGAUAUUCGUUACGAGCUUCUUUCCCGCUUGUGUCCAAAUGCUACCGGGGCCGAAAUCCACUCAGUAUGCACGGAGGCGGGUAUGUUUGCCAUUCGCCAAAGGCGAAAAACUGUUGGCGAGAAAGAUUUCCUUGAUGCCAUCGCCAAAGUCAUUAAAGGAUACCAGAAAUUUAGCUCCACGGCAAAGUACAUGCAAUACAACUAAUUUCGAAACUGCCCAGGUGAGCGAUCUCAUCCAUUUUUAAUACCAAAAGGGGUCUGACCCACCUGGAUUAAUGCAACUCGUUAGAAUAUAACGCAACAAUCCGUAUCGAUUCGCUCAUUAUUUAGUUCAUUU